UUGAAUGAACGUUUGUAAUUCAUAUUGCCAACUUGUUGAUAAAUACCCCUUUCUACUGUGUGAAUGCCAUGGACAAGUCUGAGUUACGAAUAGAGUUGUUCAUUCUCUGUCGGAGAUGUGUGAGGUUAUCUUUGUUCUCUGUACUAGAGUCGAUCAACCACUUGCAGUUGAAAGUUUUUGGUAUCUGGAAAUUUUGUCUUCUCUAUAAACCUGUUUUAAUUAUUUUUAUUACUAUACAAAACAAAUAAUCUGUGAUUCUGGACUUAUUGUUUGUAACCUAUUUGGCAUUUGUUUGACUAAUAUUUUAAGAUUUUGAGGUUAUCCGUGUUUCUCUCCUUUCUUAUAUUUUUCCUUUAAAAUGGCAUCCCAUGGCCGAAUUGAAGAUAAAAUUCUUAAAGGCCUGGAGGAUAUUGGUUAUUCAGGACCAUUGUUGAAGUCCGCCAAUCUACAGUCCGGGCCAAAGGAUGUAUUAUACACUACAUUGGUGAGUUUUUUAACUAACGAGAUACGGACAUUGCUAGGCAUUGAUGAAGAAGUUAAUGCCAUUGCAUCACCUGAAGAUUCAGUAUCUUUUGUAAUGGAAAUAACAUCAUUUCUGAAGGAGCUCAAUUGCCCUUAUAAGGGCUUAAUACAAGGGCACUUAUCUGAAAGGUUACAGACCAUAUCUGACCGAUUGCUGCUGGUUGAUUAUUUAAUUACCGAACUUAUGGCAGCGCGGAUUUUGCAGGAGGGUAAGCCAGAAAAGAUUGAAAUAAAACUGCAAGAGACUCCCGAGGGGGCCGAUAUGAGAUUGAUUUUGCAAACGUUACGAUUCCCGAAGCCACCAGCCAACAUUAGUGUUCAACAACUGUUUGACAAAUUAGAUACAACGGUACCCAUUGUGCUGAAAAAGGCGGGAGCCGAUCUGAUUGGCCAGGGCAUUUUUAAUGGUUUUUUGUCUGACAAGCAGUGGGAAAUACUCAAGGGAGUGCAAGCCGAUUUGAGUCACGAGUAUAAAUUGCGACGGGAGAUGAUGUUGACGCGAUUGGAUGUGACUAUACAGUCAUUUCAGUGGUCAGACCGAACAAAAGAUAAGGACGAGCUAUUUGAGAAAGUCUACCAUGAAAAGCGCAGGCUGCUAAAGGUGGAACCCGACGUUGAUAUCUCAGAUUUAAUCGCCUCAAGGAUGGAUUUGGCGAUUAUCGAGAAAACCAGCAGCGCCUCGGUUAGAAAAAACACCAAAACGCCUUUAAACAAAGUAAUUAUCGGUCAGGUGCCGGACAGAGGUGGAAGAAGUUGGGAACAAGCGCCGCCACCGCCCGAGAUGCCUUCUUGGCAGCAGAACCGGUCCAGUGGACCAAUGACGGGAGGAAGGGGUGGUGGUGGUGUUAGUGGAGGUGGCAGGGGAGGGGCGGAAGGUGGAGACCAGAGUUUUUCUUCUCGCGGCAGAGGAGGUGGUUAUCAAGGAAGGGGUGGUUAUCAAAACAAAUCAUUCGAUAAUAACGGUGGUUAUCAAAACAAAUCAUUCGAUAAUGACGUAGGUUACUCAAAUCGACGGGGUGGCAACAACAGAGGUUACGACAAUAGAUCCUUCGACAAUCGAAGCGGUUACAGCGGAGGAAGCGGCGGUGGUUAUGAUUACCGUAGCCGCGAUAGUUAUAAUAAUUUCAACCGGCGAGAUAGCGGGGGCAGCCAGGGUCAAGAGUACCAACAAAAUAAACGUCCCAAAACGUACGACUCUUUUCAGGCGAACAAACAAACUUACACCGAUCAAUAUGUGCAAGACAACCAACACAAUCAGCAGUACCACAGAGGCGGUGGAAUGGGCAGGGGCGGGUUUCAAAGGGGCCGGUCCAGUUACCAGAGAGGCGGAGGUUACAGAUGAGCGGAAUGGAUCCUUUGUAUGUUCAGAUCUGACUUUAAUCCUCCUCCUAUAUUUAUAUUUUGUAUUGCGUUUAUCAGUAGCCUAUUGGUACACUUGAUUUUGAUUUUAUAAUUAUAAAUUUUUUUAAUACUUCUGUACAAAUCGCUUUUUCCUGUCUAUUGCAACUGGAAUAAAUUAUUGUCAGUCGUGAUU